AUGCAUUCGAUGCUCUAUUGUUUGUUCUUUGCCGUCGUGCUGGUUACCGUACACGCCGAUAUUCAGAAUCAAUGCGCAACGUGGCAGGAUUGCCCGAAAGAUCAUUACUGCAAAGACGGCAUGUGCGCGGAGCAGAGAAACAUCGAACGAGGCGAGUUAUGCGGUGGGCGAAUUACGGGCGGGUGUACGCUUGGCUACCGAUGCUGCAGCCAGGUGAAGGGUGGCAUCGGAACGUGUCUCGAGAUUGGAGAAGUCUGCGAA